AUGAGGGUGAAAACUCCUAAUCUGGGUAAAGUAUACCUUAAUCUAUGCCCAGGUUGGUGUCUCACUCAUAAUAAUGCCCACCAUGAUAAUGGCAGGAUAGUUAUUGGCUGGUGUCCAUGUUCUUUUCAUGUUAAUAUAUUGAGCAUGAGUAGUCAGUUUAUUCAUUGUGAGGUUAAGCCUACACAAGGUGGGAAGGGUUUCUUUUGUACUUUUGUGUAUGGGUUUAAUGAAAUAAGUAGUAGGGGGGCUCUUUGGGAUGGCAUAAGGGAGAUAGCAAAGAAGGUUGAAGGUGGUUGGGUGUUAAUGGGUGAUUUUAAUGAUCUGUCAAGUGUUGAUGACAGAAUUGGAAGCACUGUAAGAGUUGCUGAAAUUAGGCCAAUGAUGGAUUGUUUGAAUGAGUGUGGUCUUACUGAUGUGAAGGCUUCAGGGAAGUAUUUUACCUGGACAAAUAAGCAGGAGGGUACAGCAAGGGUUUUUUCAAGGAUUGAUAGGGUCAUUGCUAACAGUAUUUGGCUGGAUAGCUUUGAUCAGGCUGCUGUGACCUUUUUACCAGAGGGUGAUUUUGAUCACACUCCUGUAGUGCUUCGAGUUUAUGAGGUGCCUUUGAUUAAAAGACCUUUUAAAUUCUGCAUGUGGUGUUAUUAUAGCUCAAUGAUGGAUGCAGUGAAGGAGGCUUGGAGACAACCAGUGCAAGGGUGUCAUAUGUAUCAGGUGGUGGAGAAAUUGAAAAGAGUUAAAGGGGUGUUAAGAACUUUGAAGAAGCAGGGAUUUGGAGAAGCUGAGAGGGAUCUCAUUCAAGCUACUGAAGAGUUUACUAUGAUCCAAGAUAAGCUUCAUGAGAAUCCUGGAAAUAUUGAAUGUAUUGAGCAGGAGAGAAUUGUCAGGGGCAAAGUUCAGAGGGCUAAGAAGUGUGUUCAGGCCAUGCUUCAACAGCAAGCUAAACUAAAUUGGCUUAAGUGUGGUGAUGAAAAUACUAGAAUCUUUUAUCAGGCCAUAAAAGCAAGAAGAAGGCAGAAUAGAAUACAUGCUAUUCACAAUGAACAAGGUGAAUCGGUGGAGACUCAUGAAAAGGUCUCUACAGCUUUCUUGGAAUACAACAAAAAUCUUUUUACUGGCAAGGAACAACAACAAGUUGUCUUGAGUACCUUGAUUGAAAGAGGUAAGUCUAUUACUGAAGAGCAUAAGAGAAUUAUUAUGUGCCCUGUUACUAAGGAAGAUGUGAGAAGAGUCAUGUUCAGUAUACCUGAUGAUAAGGCCCCUGGGGCUGAUGGCUUUAAUAGCUGUUUCUAUAAGAAGUGCUGGGAGAUUGUAGGGGAUUAG